UCUAUAAAGAAAUCAUUUUAUUUAAAUUUAAAUCAGUAUGCCUGUAAACCUUCAGCUCUAUUAGGCUUUAUUGAAUUUUAUUUUGGUUUUGUUAUAGUCCAUAUUUAAAGUCUUAUGGUAUGCCUUAUUUUAGAGCAAAGCUUAAGUAUUAUAUAAUUGACAACAUUGUGGUAGUACGUUAUUUAUUUAUUUACAUGUUUAUUAUUUGUAAAAACCUGCAGUAUAUCAUUAACCAAGCAAGUAUUUGUUAGUAGUCGGUAUGUACCAUAAAAUAGAUCUUUUCUUGUACAUUUUUUUAGAAGAAGAGUACCAAUUUUGUUUUGGUUCCUAGAAAGUUGCUGAAAAAAUGUUUUAUGCAUUAUGGAGACAUUCAAUGAAAAUCACAUUGGUUAACACCAAGCUUUUUUUUUUGAGGGGAAAUGAAGAGUACCAAUUUUGUUCUGGUUCCUAAAAAGUUGCUGAAAAAGUUUUUUAUGCAUUAUGCAGAUAUUCAAUGAAAAUCACAUUGGUUAACACCAAGCUUUUUUUUUUUGAGGGGAGUGACAAAAUAAAACAAAAACAAUGAAGCUCCUUCUGGUGUUUUGCUGCAUCUACUCAGUCUCCAGUCAGGCUGUGUUACCAUCAUUUAAAAAUCCAGUUAAAUACACUCCUAUGGAUCCUGCUAAGUAUGACAAAACACUCAACUCUACCAAUCCACUAGGAUUCACAAAAGCUUUGCUUCCUCAUCCUCCAAAUGAUGAUCGACCCAAUCCUGUUAUAUCUCUGGAAGAAUUGAAUGGUAAAUACAUUGACUUCCGUAUUGAAACCGUCAACAAUGGAGAUUCUAUAUGCGCCAAGGAUGAUGACACUGGACCAGCAAUGUGUAAUAUGGGCCAAGUUCAAGAGUGUUAUGCACCUUCAAAAGAAAAUUUAAACUUUGAGUUUUACUGUGCAGAUAGUUGUGUAUCGAGUGAUGUCUGGUUUUACUAUCGUGUUGUUGUCAGUCCUGAAGGAGCUGAUGAUCAAUGGUGUGCUAACCAGGUUGAAGAAUUCCCAUCCUAUUUGCAAGAAGAGCCAGGUACACUCCCAAAAAGAGGUAAAGUAACACCAGCACCUCCGAAGAAGAAAUAUGACAAUGUCGCUGUUGGCGUUAUUCCUACAAUGUUGUUAAUUUGUUCGGCCAUGUUGUCAAUCUUUGUGUUGUUUUAAUGUUCAUGCAUUUUUUUUUCGAAUGUGGAUUUAUUUUUAACCCUGUGUGAAGGGUUUAAAAUUGUCAAUUAAUAAUGUUUUCACAAUGACGGUAUAUAUAUAUAUACAUAUAUAUAUAUAUACAGCUAAGACAAACUAAUUUUCGCAAAUAUCAAAAUAUGCGAGUUAUCAAAACUUCGUAUUGCGUUUAUUACUGUACAUAAAUUGAACAAAGUUUUUCGCCAGUUGGUCCAUGAUUUGCGAAAUGAGAACGUUUGGUUGUUAAGCACAUUUAUAUAUUAUUAAAUAUUUCUAUGCAUUGUAAUUUAUUUUGAUAGUACACACAUUAUUUCCAUGUAGAAUUUUCGUGAUUUGUUAAUAAACGACAUAUACAUA